AUGGCUCGACCUAUGGACGCUCACGAUGACAUCGCCAUCGCCGAGAUUGUCAUCUAUACCUUCAUCCUCAUCGGAGCCCUCUUUCUCUGCAAGACUCAUGGCUUUGGACGCACUGCUGGCUGGCUCUACAUCUGCAUCCUAUCACUUGCCCGUCUAAUCGGCUCUUCAAUGCUACUUGCAACCAUCAACGACCCAAGCAACACAAGCCUCUACGUUGGCUGGCUUACUCUGAACGGUCUCGGUCUCGGCCCCUUGAUUCUUAUCCUUCUCGGCCUGCUUAGUCGUUGCUUCGACUCAAUCAAGCGACUGGGCGGCCCCAGCGUUCUACCAAUCUAUCAGCGUGCGAUCCAACUUCUGAUGCUUGCUGCCAUCAUCCUUAUCUCAGUUGGCGGUGCCAACUCGGACUACGAACUCAACGGCUCCUCUCCCAGUGUCAAGUACAACUCCGAGUGCAAGAUUGGUGUCAUUCUCAUGAUUAUUGUACUUGUCUUGGUUUUGGGCCAGUUCUUCCUUGCUCUCCGUAGCCAGUCCUACAUUGCUGAUGGAGAGCAUCGACUUCUCAUUGCCGUUGGUGCCUCUCUGCCCUUUGUCAUUGUCCGACUUGCCUACACCUGCGCUCUCAUCCUUGGCGGCCACAAGCAGGACGUUUGGAUGUAUCUCGGUGCUGGUAUAAUCAUGGAGAUGAUGGUCGCGAUCAUCUGCGAGGCCGUCGGAUUCACUCUCUGUAAGGCUCCUAAACCCACAGAGAGCCAGGAGAUGAUUAACAUUAAGGACUCGACUGAAGCAUAA